AAGAGAUUAGGUCAUUGCUUGUCACGCUGUUGUUACUAUAAAUUACCUACUUUUGACCACUGUACUGUUUGAACAAAGCAUCAUCGAUCUCCAUCAUCCGUCACGUCCUAAUUCUGGUGAUACACUCAGCCUACGAUGAUUUCCCCCGCCGAACUCGCGGAUCCACGGAAUCCUCAUACGUCCGACCCAACCGUGCCGACAUGUCCUCCACUGUCUUGGCUAGGAUGGGGCUUGGACGUGACAUCGAUCACGCCAUGCGACAUCUCUUCAGUUACUGCCAAUCUUCUGAAGGCCUCGCGAUUCCUCGACAUAAAGACGACAACCCAGCAGCAAUCAUUCAAUUCGGGUGUGACAUGGGCUAUUCCCACCAAUGUCGAUGCAACUGAUGACGUCUCCGAGGGUGAAGCGUCUCUCAAUCUCUUCGAUAGUGGCACCCAAGCUGCCAGUUCAAUCACUGCAGAUGCAAGCCUUUCUGCGAAGUAUAUGGCAGUCACCGUAGGGGUGUCGGCGAACUAUUCCAUCAGCAAGAUGUUCCAGGGCUUCUAUUCUUAUGCGCUGUUUAGCUACAAUCAGAACCUCAUCCAGGCUUCAAUCGACAGCUGGGCGGACAACAUCCAUGAAGAUAAUCUGAAGAAGCGCUUGAGUACCCUGCCAACAUGGGAUCCCACUAACGAUGACACCGUUGGGAGAUACAAGCGUUUCUUUCGUAGUUUCGGUACACACAUCAUCACGGGCACCUCCUACGGGGGUCGCUUUCAAUUGGUACCCCAAUACAACGGCCUCACCAACAGUGGAGACUUCAACGCGUCCGUCAAAACCUCCAGCGAGUAUUCCGAUUUCAGCGGUUCGAGUCAGAAAAUCGUCUCUUGCAAAGGCGGCGAUUCGACGCUCGCAGGGACGAUUGCAUCCAGUCCGGAGAACAAAGACAUCUAUUCCUCCUUCCAGCAGUGGGUCAAAUCGUCCUUGGGAGCUCCUGCGAUUAUGGCGAUGCAAACCGUGGCUAUCUGGGACAUGAUGUCCGCCGCGAUCGACGACACAAUUGUCAACCGAGCUGGCGAAAUGGAGAAUGCCUUCAAGUAUAUCGUUUCGCACCCGGCCGAGCACGUUUCCAAAUGCCGAUUCGUAAUCAAUUCGGAUUGGGGAGAGUUCGGCCUCUUGACGCCUGCGGCUGUCAUCAAACCGGAUCCUUCCAAUCCAGCGCCAUCGGGUUUCCUGAUCAGCACGACCAAGGUCUCAUGGGGCCGAGAGCGCAGCUUCCAAUUUAGCCGUGACGUUACUGUCGACUUCGAAAUUCACAACGAUGGCUCCCCAGUCGAUAUUAUGCUGUCGCACGGGAGCGAUGGUUCAACGCCGGGGAACGGUGAAUGCGCAGUCACCAUCUAUCAGACGACAUUUGAGAAUGCCGGUGUCAAAGAUAAUAACUGGAACUCCCAGUGGUUCUACAAAUGUGACGUCAACCCCAACGAAGUCUGAAAGAGGGGUGUAUCGUAUUUGAAUGUGGUCGCGCGUGGCGCUCAGUCUCAAUGUUUUCGAUAGCCACGCUCUCUAGGGUGUCCCUCAAAUUGCACGAGAUGGGCUUGGCUGAAUAGUAGCAUUCACAAAAGCGCUGG